AGUGACUCAACCUGAGGCAUGCAGAAAAUCCAUUUCAAACAAUGUGGAACUCCUCCAGGGUUCCCAUCCUAACAAAUCAAACGGUUUGAAAGAUAUGGCAGAUGAAGAACGACCGACGAAAAUGAGGGGUAGCAUAGUGGAAGCGACCCAAGUGUUCCAAGAAAAAGACAAGAUAUACGAGUUCUUUCUGGCAGUGUUGGAUUUCCUCUUUUCGACCUUAGUGAUCACCCCUUGUGUUGUGGGAUGCUGGAGGAGCCAGUGGGAGCUCAUGGACUUUUUCUGUUACCCCGACGACCAGGCUCUGAGUGCGUCUAUUUCGACUGGAAUUGGAUUAUGUGGGAACUUGUUCUUGAAUUUCAUUCAGAGGUCGAUGGAUGAAACUUUUCAUCCAGAUAAUAAUAGAGUCUUGUAUUAUAUUGUGUCGAGAACAUACUCGAUAUUUUACGCAUUCGUUUGUGUGAAUUGGUUCAGGGGGGUUUGGCAGUUGCUAGAUUUGUUCACACCUGGUGACCUCAUCUCUGUUUCUGCCACCACAGCGGGUGCCAUGGUCGUUUUGGCAUUGUUCAGGAGUUUGAGGAACAUUUCCUCGCCACCUCUUGUGGUUGCUACAGAUGAACGGCAGGGAUAUUUCCAAGUGUUGACCAUAUUCAGAACCGUUUCGAGUGAGAAAAGGGAACUUUAUAUCUUGGAUUGCUUAUUUUCUACUGCUGGUAUUGGAACACUGGUAGUUACAGCUUGGAGAGGAGGAUUUCAACUACUAGAUCUUCUGGUUUUUCCUGAAAAUAGGCUUCUCUCCUAUUGGGUAACACUGUGCUUAGGUUACAUAAUAGUCACCAUCGCAUUCUCGCUGCAAAAUGGUGUUCGAUGGAUCUGUAAACAUUUGAAGAUACUGCCCAGGAUAAUAUUUGGAGAUAUUUUCAUCGUUUUUGCAGCCUUUGGUACCAUUAAUAUCUGGAGAGGAAUGUGGGAUCUAUUAGAUCAUUAUUUCCUACCAGAUCAACGUGAACUGAGCAAUUGGUUGGUAUACUGGGUGAGUCUCAUUCUCCUCAUACUGUUAGGAUGUUCCAACUCAUUGCUAGUUAGAGGAGUUUUCAUCGAUGCCGAAGAACCAGGAGGAGACAGCAUGAUUUUUCCAUGCCACUUCAUUAGAAAUAAGCUAUCUAAGCAGAGGACCAAGAAGAAUUUGGCUGCAUUACAUCAAGCUGCUGCCAGGACGAAUGCAGAGGUGGACGAUAAGGCAAAUAAGGAAAACCACAAUUUCAGUUAUGCUCACAGUGUUCAAAUAAAAGAAUAUAGUGCUUAGUGGCCACAAAAGUAUUUCAGUGUUUUGCCGGAGAAUUCUAGUCAUUAUUUAAAGAGUAUUAAAAUCUGACCGUUAUGUCUUCGUGUUAUUACAUUGAAAUGAUAUGAGUAUUAUAAAUGUAUAAAUUAUGUAAGACAACAAAAUAAAAUCUUAAAGCCCAAGGG